GCCAUUUUGAAAAGCUAUGUGGUGGGUGGAUCAGACACUGGCAAUCCAGAAAAAUUUCUGGCGUACAUGGUUCCUUCCUUGGAUGAGUUGUCCAAGGAUAUGCAUGAUGAAAACGAGGAUAUCUCUUACACUUGGGUUCACGAAUACAACUGGGAUGUAGGUGGCGAUGAUGCAAACGAUCGUGGCACAUACCUAGUAUCAUUCGACGAUGGGACUACUAGUUAUCUGUUUCUAUCUGUAAUACUAAGAAAUGACCCUCCAGCCCCUACUCACAAAGCUCAACUUGAGGAAGAGAAGAGCCAGGGAAAGGAAGAUCUUCUGAUGAGGUUGAACAAUUUCCGGGUGACUGUAAGGCGCAGAUCGGCUGUAUCAGUGAUUAAACAUAAAGAUUCCGGGGUUUAUACAAAUUCUAGGGUUGGUGCUUCGAGCUCCAAGAUGAGAAGGUUAGAGGACGAAGAAGGCCUUGGUAGAUCUUGGAAACACGAGCCGGAACAAGAUACCAAUCAAUAUAGCGAUCGUAAUGAGGAUGAUUAUUCUGAAUGA